GUCGCGGGGCUCUGGCAGGGCCCGCUCGGUGCUCGGAGCCGUCGCGGGGCUCUCUCAGGGCCCGCUCGGUGCUCGGAGCCGUCGCGGGGCUCUGGCAGGGCCCGCUCGGCCCGAUGGCGCAGGCGGCGCUGGGCUCGGCAGGGCUGCACUUCGACGAGCUGAACAAGCUGCGGGUGCUGGAGCCCGAGGUGGCGGCGCAGACAGCGCAGCUCCGCGAGGAGUGCCGGGCCUUCGUGGACAAAACAGAAGAAUUUCAGAAAAUAGUGGGCAGCUUGAUUGAGCUCGUUGACCAACUGGCCAAAGCUGCAGAAAGUGAGAAGAUGAAGGCCAUCGGCGCACGGAACCUGCUGAAGUCGAUCGCAAAGCAGAGAGAGGCUCAGGAGCAGCAGCUCCAGGCUUUGAUAGCCGAGAAAAAGAUGCAGCUGGAAAGGUACCGGAUCGAGUACGAGACUCUGUGCAAAAUCGAAGCGGACCAGAAUGAAUUCAUUGACCAGUUCAUUUUCCAGAAAUAGAGGAUUUUAAGAUAAAAACCAGCUCACUUGGAAACUUGACCAUUCCAGAAUCUUGAGAAUUUCAGAAAUAUGCAAUUUCCACUGUGCAGGAGUGCAGAUGGUUUGUGCAAUGGAGGGGCUUUACCUUGGUGUGAAUGUCCCAGCCGUGGCAAUAAGGAGGGCUGACAGCUCACAGCUGCACACACUGUUCUGGCCUUUAUUUUAUACCAGUUUUAUACAGUCAGUAGUUCUAAUUCAAAUUACAGUUGAAUUAAUGCUACUGGUGCUCUGUCGUGUCUCUUUUUGAACUUUACAGCUCUUUCAAAGAAAUUGGGAAAUAAAUUAUUGUUCUCAGACUUUCUGGCUGUACCA